AUGAUGGAAAGGAGUGCUGGAUUGGCCUGUGUGGCUGAGCCCCAUUCGAUCCCGGUGUCUCCGCUUGGGCAAGAGAGCAGCUAUUUACUGGUUGCCACAACACUCUGGGGAGCGCGACUCACAAACAUACGAGGAACUGUAGUCGAAGACUGGGCGACAUCUUUAGACCUCACUCUUCUAAACAGUGGCUCGCUUCCGACGUGCAUACGCCCUCAAGGCUCGUCUAUUGUAGACCUGACGUGGUGCAGCGCCGAUGUUGCAUCCAGAGUCCCUACCGAACAACAAACUGGAAGACAAACUGGCUUUUCAAGAUGGGCAUGGAAAAAUGUAAAUCCUGACCUCAUGAGGGCAUCGGUUAUUCUCAAAGAUUGGCUUUGCCCGCAACCUACAAACUGCGCGGCAGAAGCUGCGGCUGUUAGAUUUGGUCAGUUGCUGACGGAAGCAUGUGAUGCAGCGGCUCCUCGUUCUAAGAGACCACCAACUAAACGACAAACUUACUGGUGGAAUAGUAACUUAAUCGAAAUGCGAAGAAAGUGUAUCUCCUUACGCAGGAAAUUGGUUAGGUACAGAAGACUCAAGAACUUAGUGGACGCUGAAAUAUCAAGAACUGCACUUAGAGAUGCGCAGCGAGCACUCAGAGCGGCAAUAGCGGAGGCUAAAAAGAUAGCAUGGCAGGAGUUAAUCUCGACACUGAAUGAGGAUCCGUGGGGUAGACCUUACCGGGCGGUCAUGCUACGACUAAAAACAAGCACAGUGACGGUAACGGAGUCCCUUGAGGAACAUAAACUGAAUAACGUGAUAAGAGGCUUGUUUCCCCAACACGAGAGGACAGAGUGUAGGUUAACUGACCAGCUUCCUGCUGAAUUGACUGGUGUUUUUGUCACGUUAGAAGAAAUAAUGGACUCAUUGAAGAGUAUAAAACGCUGA